GAAAAGCACAAGUAAAAGAGGGGAGAGGGGUUGGAAUAUUGUGUUCCGUGUUUCUCACCUGCUGUGCCCCUUAUUUGACUCUUCUUCUUCUUGUUGCUGUGAAUUCAUCUAUUACUUACAAUUCCUGGAAUUGAAUACAAUCUGCUGCUUUGAUGAAUCACAAGCACGAGCAGCAGCUGCAGCAACUCCUUUGUUGCCUCCUCCUCUUAAGCAUUUUGGUGUUUUUGGGCUCUGCUACUCAGCUUGUGUCGCCGGGCCGCCGCUCGCUCUUAUCACUUCCAAAUGACCAAACAACUACGCUAGUUGCAACAUUGGAUGGGACAAUUCAUUUAGUGGAUCCCAAGUCCGAAAAGGUACUAUGGUCUCAGGCAACAGGGGCGCCAAUUUAUACUUCGUAUCACACUCCUGUUGAUCAUAAUGAAUCUGUACCUGGACCUCUUUACUAUGUGGAUUGUGGAGAUGACUGGAUGUUGUAUGCGCACACUGAACUCGGCAAAAUGAAACUUGAUAGGAGCAUUAGGGAGUUUGUUGUUAAUACUCCACAUGUAUCAGAGGAUGGUGGAAUAUUGAAUGGAGCAAUGAAAACUACCGUGUUUGUGCUUGAUGCUAAUAGUGGAAGGAGAAUCCACACAUGUGGGCCAAAUGAAUCUCCUGAAUUGCAUAGAACUGGUAGCAUUCAUAUGAAGGCAGAUGAGCUGCCACUUCACAUCACGCGAACAGAUUAUUUAUUGUCAUAUGCCUCCAAAAAAUAUACCUGGAAUGUGUCAGUUUCUGAAAUUGGUGCUGCUUUUCUUUGUCAAGAUAUUGAGAAUUCAAUUAGUAGUUCUCGUGCAAAUUCUGGAAAUGAACUUCCUUCCAAGCCUGCUGUUCAGAUUAAUAUGCCAUUGGCAUGCCAAUCAAAAGCUGUAGUGGCACGUCUACGAAGUUUUAAUGUGUUAGAAUACUUCUCAAAACAAGAUCAACGACCACUAGGUUAUCAUGAAGACAUGAUGCUGCCUGCACCCUCUCCGGAUUAUAUGCCUCUUUCACAAGCCAAGGCCGGUAUGAGUCUAGACGCACAUCCUGAUUCAGGAUUCAUGUUUGCCUUACCUGAGUUGAGUAAUAAUUUCGAAAUCUCUAGCCCAGAUGUGAAAAAAUCCUACAGAGGCGUCCUUUCCCUCGUUCCAUUCCUUUUUAUUGGCAUGGGUGCUUUGAUCUAUUUUUGUGCUAUACUUCCUGGGCAUCCGGCUAGAAAUGUAAGUGCAAACAAUGCUUCUUCCAGAAAGAAGAAAAACCGAAAGUCAACAAAAUAUGGUGGUAUUGUUGAGAAAAAGGAUAAGAAAACAUUGUUCGAUCUUGAGGAUGGAAAUACUACCAGUGAGAAUGAUAGGAAGUCGUUUUUGAAUUUUAACCAGCUUUCUAAUCAGAAUGCUGAUGGGCGUGUUGUAGGUAAAUUAUUUCUAAUGAAUAAAGAAAUUGCCAAGGGAAGCAAUGGCACAGUUGUCCUCGAAGGAAUUUAUGAAGGCCGGCCUGUUGCAGUUAAACGCCUUGUCAGGGCUCAUCAUGAUGUGGCCUUCAAAGAGAUUCAAAAUCUUAUUGCAUCUGACCGCCAUUCAAAUAUUGUUAGAUGGUAUGGUGUGGAAUAUGACCAAGAUUUUGUUUACCUCUCGCUUGAACUUUGUACCUGCAGCCUAAAUGAUUUAAUUUUGAUGCACUCUGAUCAUUCUCGGAAGUCGGUAUAUUCAGGAGCUCGGGCUUCUAGAGCUAUGACAGAGUAUAAGGUUCGCUUAGAUUCUAUGAAAGGUAUAUUACAGGAUAUCGAGUUAUGGAAGGCAAACAGUUAUCCUUCUACUAUGCUCGUGAAGUUGAUGAGGGAUAUAGUUUCUGGUCUUGCACAUUUGCAUGAACUGGGCAUAGUUCACAGAGACCUGAAGCCUCAAAAUGUGUUGAUAGUACAGGAUAAAAUUCCAAGUGCAAAGCUAUCAGAUAUGGGAAUCAGUAAGCGCCUUGCUGGGGAUAUGUCUUCCUUGGGUCAUGCUACUGGGAAUGGAAGCUCAGGAUGGCAAGCACCUGAACAGCUUCUCCAUGGGCGCCAAACGCGUUCUGUUGAUAUAUUUAGUCUAGGAUGUGUUCUCUUUUUCUGCAUCACUGGUGGCAAGCAUCCAUUUGGUGAUCCUCUUGAACGUGAUAUAAAUAUCACGAAGAACAAGGUGGACCUCUUUUUAGUGCAGCAUAUUCCAGAAGCAGUAGAUCUCCUUUCAUGUUUAUUAGAUCGACAACCGGGACUUAGGCCAACUGCACUAGAAGUCUUGCACCAUCCUUUGUUUUGGAAUCCCGAGAUGAAACUGUCAUUUCUUCGUGAUACCAGUGACAGGGUAGAACUUGAAGAUAGGGAAACUGCCUCUGAUAUUUUGAUAGAGUUAGAAAGUGUAGCAGCAAUGGCUUUAGGUGCAAAAUGGGAUGAAAAGAUGGAACCUGCAUUUCUCGCAAAUAUUGGACGCUAUAGGCGUUACAAGUUUGACAGUGUUAGGGAUCUUCUAAGGGUGAUGCGGAACAAGUCAAAUCAUUAUAGAGAACUUCCAAAGGAGAUUCAGGAACUUUUGGGACCAGUACCUGAAGGGUUUUAUAAUUAUUUCGGAGACCGAUUCCCCAAACUCCUGAUCGAAGUGUACAGAGUGAUGUACAAGUGGUGCAAAGACGAUGAGUGGUUCAGCAAGUACUCCAGCAGUGCAGUAUGAAUCUUCUUUUAAGCCUCUAUGAUGGUUCAGAUGAACAGAAGUGACAGCUAGUGCCCAAGUGAUGGAUGCUAUAUGCUGGCCCUUCUAAUGUUUUAGGACUCAAAGAGGUGACAGCUGGCCACCAAGGGCCUUGGUGAUGGAUAUUAUAUAUUUCUCCUCACUUUCAAUCUCGACUGUAGGUGGUAUGUGUAAAUGUAGCUGUAAUUACUAAAUGGGUGCAACACAACUUUUAUUUAUGUAAUAUAGUUCUAAUUACUACUAACUUUGCAAUACAUAUUUACUUUCUUUUAACAAUUUUUUUUGACAA